AUAAAUCCAAUGCAAGGGCCACAAAGCACUGGUGAUUCAUCUACUGGGAUAAAUUUCACAGAUGGAGAACCCAUUUGUAGCACCAAUUCAGAGGCUACUUCGAAUAGCGUCCUGAAUCCAGUGGAUGUUCAGUUUCCAAGCAGUAGUACAGGUUCAGGACGACCAGCUUACGCAAGCUCGAGCUCGCAUGUUGCUCAAAAUCACAACUGGUGGAGUUUUGGUGAAUCCAGCUCUAGAUUGGGACCUUCUGAUCAGGUCAAUUCCUUUGGUUCAAAGAUAGAUCGCCAGCUUCCCUCAGACGGCUAUGGAUUUGAGGAAGGGCAAUCAGGUUCGAACAGUAUGCUGUUACCUGGAGGAGUUCAGAUUGGUAGUCACACCAGAAACGGGCCUUCCUUCUUACGUGGGUCAAGCUCUAAUCAUAUGUUAGGAAAUGUUAAUCUUGGCAAGGACAUGGACAUCAAUGGUAGUGGUCUGCAGACUUCAGGUGUAGUUAUCCGCCAUAAUAACAGUGAGAGCUCACUGGGAAGCUCGAGUCAAACCGCAGAGGAGAGAAGUAGUGGUCCAGGUUCUUCGUUGGGUGGCCUUGGCUCAUCCUGCAAAAGAAAGGCUCUUGAAGGAGCUCCCAGCCAUUCUUUUCCCGGUGAAAGUCCUGGUUGCUUUUUUCAAACUGAGAGUGCUGCUUGGAAUGAGGGUCUUGCUCAGUACGACGCUUCGAGUAGCCUUAGUUUGUCCAUGCCCUCGCAAAACUCUCCGAAUGGUAUUAGUCAGUCUAAUCAGCAGGAACCAAGGUUUGGGAUUGGUGGUGGAAGAGCAGUAGCAGCAAGUGCUUUUCCUUCUACUAGAAGCACUGAAACGUUAUCUAGACCCGGCAGGCGGCUAAAUCCUGGGCAGCCGCAGGAGACAGGAGGGUUUAGCUUUUCACAAUCCGGUAGUUCUGUGCGUCAGCAACAGCAUUUACCAGCAACUUCACCUUUUGUUGACCCUGUGGAUGCAAGAGCAAUGCCAAUUACAGGUAGCUCAAGCAGCGGUGAGAGUCAGUCAAGUAUGAUCCACCUUCCUGCAUUGACCAGAAACAUACACCAUUUUGCUUGGAAUGCUUCUUCCAGCUCGAGAACAAACAAUAUGCCCGGAGAGGGAUUUGGACCACCGUGGGACGCACCGAGGGUCAGCUCAGAGCAGCCAGUCUUUACUACACCUGCAGCUGAAACGAGAAAUCCAGUGCAGGAUCAGUCUCAUUGGAGUUUCACUCGUGGAAACCCUAGUGCAUCUGGAGAUUCUCCCUUUGUUCAUCGAGCAGGAUCGAGUUCAGGGAUCAAUGCUAUGCAGCCGAGUCCCACAUGGGUUGCUCCACAUAAUCAAUCAAGGAUACCAGAAGUUGCUCCUUGGUCUUUGUUUCCUAGUGAUGAACCUGAAUCUGCUAAUCAUGGUGCUCCUCUUACAUUACUACCCACAGGCCCUUCUGUUUCUUCGAACGAAGCUGCAGCAGCGCCAUCUGGAUCUAGUAGUCGUAGUCAUCGCUCUCGACAAAGAAGAUCAGGAUUGUUACUGGAAAGGCAAAAUGAUCUUCUCCAUUUGCGUCACUUAGGAAGAAGCUUAGCUGCUGACAACGAUGGAAGGAACCGCCUUAUUUCCGAGAUUCGGCAGGUGUUGAGCGCCAUGCGAAGAGGGGAGAAUUUACGGUUUGAGGAUUAUAUGGUAUUCGAUCCACUGAUCUACCAUGGAAUGGCCGAGAUGCAUGAUAGGCAUCGGGAUAUGCGCCUUGACGUUGACAACAUGUCGUAUGAGGAGCUUUUGGCACUUGGGGAACGCAUAGGAGAUGUGAGCACGGGGCUAAGCGAAGAGGUGAUUCUGAAAGCAAUGAAACAGCACAAACAUACAUCUUCCGCUGCUGAAUCCCACCAGGACAUGGAGCCUUGCUGUGUCUGUCAGGAAGAGUAUGCAGAAGGCGAUGAUCUUGGAACCUUGGUAUGUGGGCAUGAAUUCCACACUGACUGCGUCAAGCAAUGGCUCAUGCUCAAGAAUCUCUGCCCGAUUUGUAAGACAGUAGCUUUGUCUACAUGA